UGGGAGGCGGAGCCCGGCGGCCGCGCAGCGACAAGGGAAGGGCGGCCGGGGACUCGGGCAGGCGGGAGAGCCGGGGCGGAGCUGCGUCGUGUGGGCACCCGCCCGGUGAACCCGGGCUCCCCGCUCUCUGUUGGCCCGGGCGCGGGGGCGGAGAUCGGGGGUGAGAGAAGAGGGCUUCCGAGCAGGCUGUGCCCCGAGCCCCGCGCCGGUGUGCGGGUGCAAGAGCCGCCCGCCCGCCCGCCCGCCAUGCCUGCUUUCCGGCAGGUCGGGGAGAAGCAGCUUCCCCAGGAAAUCAUCUUCAUGGCCUGGUCUCCCAAGAGGGAUCUCAUCGCCCUUGCCAACAAAGUGGGGGAGGUUUUACUUCACCGACUUGCAAACUUUCAACGAGUUUGGAGUUUGCCACCAAAUGAAAAUACAGGGAAAGAAGUUACAGCCCUUGCUUGGAGACCAGAUGGCAAAAUUUUGGCUUUUGGCUUAGCUGAUACCAAGCGUGUGAUCCUGUGUGAUGUAGAAAAGCCUGAAAGCUUACACUCCUUCUCAGUGGAUGCUCCUAUUACUUACAUGCACUGGAUGGAAGUAACUGAAGAAAGCAGUGUUCUCACUUCAUUUUAUAAUGCUGAGGAUGAGUCAAACCUUCUCCUACCUAAAUUACCUGCAUUGCCAAAAAACUACAGUACCACUGCAAAAAUUUUCAGUGAAGAAAAAUCAGAUGAGAUUAUGAAGCUCUUGGGUGAUGUAAGGCUAAAUGCCCUUGUCCUUGGAGGCAGUUCUGGAUUCAUCGAGGUUUAUGCUUAUGGAAUGUACAAGAUUGCUACAGUAACAGGGGUGGCAGGUUCUUGCCUUGGAUUAUGCUUUUCUAGUGAUUUGAAAUCGCUAUCAGUCAUUACAGAGGUGCAAGUUUCCCCAGACAGUGCACCGGAGAUUACGUAUUUCCAGCUGGACACCAGUCUGCUAUCAGUUUAUUUACCUGAGGUAACUCGAAUGGCCAGGAAAUUUACUCAUAUUUCAACUCUGCUGCAGUAUAUAAAGUUGUCAUUGACAUGUAUGUGUGAAGCAUGGGAAGAAAUAUUGAUGCAGAUGGACUCGCGUCUAACCAAAUUUGUGCAGGAAAAGAACACAACCACUUCUGUACAGGAUGAGUUUAUGCAGUUGCUCUUGUGGGGCAAAGCAAGCCUUGAACUUCAAGCACUUUUAAUGAACCAACUAACAGUAAAGGGUCUAAAAAAGCUUGGUCAGUCCAUAGAGUCUUCCUACUCCAGUAUACAAAAAUUAGUCAUAAGUCACUUGCAGAGUGGCUCUGAGGCAUUGUUGUACCAUCUGAGUGAACUGAAAGGAAUGGCAUCGUGGAAACAAAAAUAUGAGUCUCUUGGACUAGAUGCAGCAGGAAUUGAAGAUGCUAUUACUGCUGUGGGCUCCUUCAUCUUGAAAGCAAACGAGCUUCUUCAAGUUAUAGACAGUAGUAUGAAAAACUUCAAAGCAUUUUUCCGAUGGUUGUAUGUGGCCAUGCUGAGGAUGUCAGAAGAUCAUGUUCUUCCAGAGCUGAACAAGAUGACUCAAAAAGAUAUCACAUUUGUUGCUGAUUUUCUUACUGAACACUUUAAUGAGGCACCAGACCUCUACAAUCGUAAAGGAAAAUACUUCAAUGUAGAGAGAGUUGGUCAGUACUUGAAAGAUGAAGAUGAUGACCUUGUAUCCCCACCUAACACGGAAGGAAACCAGUGGUUUAACUUUCUUCAAAACAGCACACAUCUUAAAGAAAGUCCACUGCUGUUUCCCUAUUACCCUCAGAAAUCGCUACAUUUUGUCAAAAGGCAAAUGGAGGGGAUUAUUGAUCAGUGUCUACAAAAACCAGCUGAUGUGAUUGGAAAAUCAGUAUAUCAAGCAGUUUGCAUGCGUUUAUACAAAGGAUCUAAAAGUGAGGACUCUACACCUCGAUUAUUUAAAUUACCCUUUAUGUGGAAUGACAAAUCCUCCAACUUACAUUAUGUUCUCUUCACUAUGUUAGAAAGUUCUCUUUCUAAAAUUUACAUUUUGAGGCGGCACACGGAUGUUUCCAGGUCUGCUAAUAAUGGACUACUUUCUGUUGAUUUUGGAAACUUCUUGAACAACAGUAUAAAUGAAAGCCCAGAUACAAGCUUCUACAGUUGUGUAGAUGCACAUUUUUAUGAUGAUGAAACUAUAACCGUGGUUCUUAAGGAGAAUGCUGAACAAGAAGGCAAAGAGAGAAUCUUGGCUCAGUUGCCUUUAUCUUCAGUGUAUGUUGACGAGGACCAAGAAAGGGAAUUCAGCUUGAAUUCUAAUAAAAGGCUGGAUGAGCAAUCUGAUGAUAUUCCUACACGUACUGUCUUUUUGGAGAGUCAGUGGAGAGUAUUGGAGAAUAUGAAAGCUCAGUAUGUUGCUGUGAAUGGCAUUCGGAAAGUUUCUUGUGUGCUAAGUUCAAAUCUCCGUCAUGUCAGAGUGUUUGAGAUGGAUGUAGAAGAUGAUGGAGAGGCAGAAGAAGAGGAGGAGGAGGAAGAAACAACUCCGAUUGUGGGUGAUGAACAUGAAGAGCUGACUCUGUCUGCAGUUAACCACAAUAGUAUGUGUGGUGGUUCUGCUGAGGCAGAUGAAACAGAAGAACAUGAAUCAAGCCUGGAUUCUUGACCUGAUCCUUGAUAUUUGUGCCUUCACUUUAACAAAGAAAGGAGAAGAGUCUAAAAGCUGACUUCAAACCAUUGAUAUUUUUCUUUGUUCUGUGCCAAAUAUUCUAUUAAUGUUGUGGAUGUUGUAGAAUAUACUACACAAUGCCUCAAACAAAACCCAUUUUUCUUGCUCCAGAGUGUGUUUACUGAAUGUUCAUUCUGUUACAAUUAGUUUGCAACAAGCACAAUAGUUUUUCUGGAAUAUUGAAUAUAUGUGGGGAAAGGGGAGCGGGGGGGACAACUGGAGUUUUAAAGGGACAUAACCAAUCUGUGUAGCACAUAAAUUUACCUACCUGAGAAGAACGUGUUCUAGGGGUCACAUUUUCAGAUGUGUGCUUAAUGUUUAUGUCCAGUUGAGGGAUGCAAACACUCUGUGCCCUUGAAGCCAAGGUUUACAUACGUAUUUGACUAACACACAGGUUUGCAGAGGUGCAUUGGGUAUUUGGCUACCCAUGUUUAGCUGGUGCCCAUUUCAAAAGUUUAACUCAUACUUUUGUAAUUCUUGCUUGUGUUACUGGGAACCCAAAAAUUGUUAAAACAACCCCCCCCCCCCACCCGUUAAGGUUGUUAGACCCCAACUAUGUCUAUGUUACUUUAUAUGCAACAAAAAUAUAUUGCAACCUGUGGCAUGGUGCAUGAGACAAUUCUUGAACAUUUUCCCCUGUGUAUUUUAUGAUGGAAAAUUAUAUAAUUACAGAGAAUAUAUUUUUCUAUUCUGAUGUGUUUGUAUGUCCGAUGUAUGCUUUCAGUUUUGCCAUAUUCAUCUCCUUUACUAAUUUAUGUUUAUUUUCAGUGUUGUGGUGCUCAGUGUGAAAGCUAGAAACUUGUUUAAAAUCUGAAAAUGUUUGCCUGUUUCUGAAUAGUUGGCCUCCUUUGUUCUAUAACUGCAGCUCAACUCUUUGAAUUAACAGUGCUGCUAAAUACAUAAUACUAUAAAACUGUGUGAGUGAAACUUUGUGUGACUUGAAUUGGGGAAGUUAACUUGCGCAUGUGUUCCAGUUCUACACUUUUUUUAAAAUAAAAAAAAAAUACUAUAAAACUUAUACAACUAUUCUCUAUAAA